UAUCGUUGGUUUUAAUUGCUCAUAAAUUUGGUCUUACAGUUGUCCUUCAUUCAAAUACUAAACUCAUUACAAUUUCUGAGUAAAAUUCAGUUAAUUAAUAUUUUGAAAAAAUCAACAGAAUUCGAAGUUGGCACCAUCUAUAAAGAACUUAUUUAACUACGUAAUCUUAUGAUUACGUUCAUAUUUUGUUUCACCGAAAAUGGAAUGAACCUGAAUUGUUAUUUGCGUUUGUUGGUCAUUUAAUUCAAUCAUCAUGUCAACCUUAUCAAUAACCAGUGAGCAAAAAAGAACCUUAAAGGUUAUGCUAAAUCUCAACAAUAAGGAUCUAAAAUCUCGUGUUGAACCCAUUUGGAGAGUUUUGAUUUACGAUCGCAGAGGCCAAGAUGUGAUUGCACCUUUAUUAAAUAAUAAAGAACUUCGCGAUAUCGGUGUUGUUCUACAUUUAGCCCUUCAUUCCGACAGAGACAGUAUUCCCGAUGCAGCAGCAGUCUAUUUUGUGGUUCCCACUGAUGAAAAUAUAACCAGAAUUUGCUCAGAUCUACGGAAUCAUUUGUAUGAUCAUUAUUAUCUAAAUUUCAUUACGCCGGUUUCUCAUCAUAAGAUAGAAGAUUUAGCAUUAGCUUGCUUAGAAGCCGAUGCGACCAAAGUUAUUAAGAAAGUUAUGGAUCAGUAUCUUGAUUUUAUCAGCCUUGAAGAUGAUAUGUUCAUUUUAAGACAACAUAAUAAAGAGGAAGUGUCAUAUUAUGCUAUCAAUCGGGCUGAUGUCCAAGAAUCAGAGAUGGAGGAAGUUAUGACUAAAAUAUGUGAUGGACUAUUUGCUCUUCUAGCAACUCUUGAAGUUGUUCCAAUUAUUCGAUGUCCUAAAGGUAAUGCAGCAGAAAUGGUGGCUGAAAAACUCAACAAACGAUUACGAGAAAAUCUUCAAGAUGUUAAAAAUAAUCUUUUUAAAGGAAAUAGUUUCGCUGAUCUGAGUGAACAGCGUCCAUUAACCUUCCAGCGACCAUUAUUGAUCAUACUCGAUCGGAACAUGGACAUGGCUACACCUUUACAUCAUACUUGGACUUACCAGGCUUUAAUUCAUGAUGUCCUACAAUUUAAAUUAAAUAGAGUGACAAUUAAUGAGGUUGAUGAGCACGCACGAAAAAAGUCUCAAACUUUUGAUCUGAAUUGUGAUGAUGAAUUCUGGCAAAAGCAUAAAACGACUCCAUUUCCACAGGUGGCCAAAUCAGUCCAAGAAGAGCUUGAAGCAUAUAAAAAUUCUGAAGAAGAAGUUAAACGAUUGAGAAAUAACAUGGAUUCUGAAAAUUCGAUGGACUUAUUGUCCAACAACACAGCCAAAUUAACUUCUGCUGUUCAAUCUUUGCCAGAAUUAUUAAAAAAGAAAUCUUUGAUUGAUAUGCACACAACAAUUGCGACAGCUAUUUUAGAUCAAAUUAAGAAACGCAAGUUGGACAAUUUUUUCGAAUUAGAAGAGAAAAUAUUAUCCAAAUCGAUUCUAGACAAAACUCCAUUGGAUAUAAUUAAAGACAGUGAAACUGGCUCUGAAACUGACAAAGUGAGAUUAUGUCUUAUCAACUUUUUGUGCUCUUCAUUGUCAGAUGAUGAGAUCAAUGAAUAUGAGAAAACAUUAGAAGAAGCUGGUUGUGAUUUGAAUGCUUUCCGCUACCUCAGAAGAUGGAAAACCUUUUCUCGAAUGCCUGCUUUGGCUAAUUGUCAAUACGGUGGAGGAACCAAAACAGUUAAUAUGUUUUCCAAGUUAAUGACUCAAGGAUCUCAAUUUGUGAUGGAAGGAGUGAAAAAUUUAGUUCUUAAAAAACAUUUUCUUCCAAUAACCAGGAUUGUUUCUGCUUUCAUGGAAAUGAAAAAUCUUCAAGAAAUUGAAGAUUAUCGAUAUUUUGAUCCUAAGUUGUCAAAGGCGACCGAGAAUCGUACUCCUGAACCACGAACAUCCUUCCAAGAUGCAAUUGUUUUUGUUGUUGGAGGCGGAAACUACAUUGAAUACCAGAAUUUAGUGGAAUAUUGUAAACAAAGUAAAACCGGAAAGCCUAAUCCAAAAAGAGUGAUUUACGGAUGUACAGAUUUAGUCAAUGCAGAUCAGUUCAUUGAGCAGUUAUCAAGAUUGGGCGCAGAGUUACAGAGAUAAACAAAUCCAAAUUAUCAAAACAACUUAUUUUAAAUAUAGCCUGUUGAUUAUUUCUUUUUAAUAGAUGAUAAUAAAUGUGUUGUAAUAUAACAAAAUAAUCAUUGAUGGGAUUGCAAACUUGA